GAGUUACGCACGAGGGGCUUCCCCGUAGGCCAAACUGUCGUCUCGGUUUAAUGAGUAACGAAUUCUUUCCUUGGCAUUAGUUUAUUGUAAGUACAAUAGAAAGACCUCGCAUGCUCAGAUAUGGAUGGUAGAAGAAAAUAUACCGGUAACUUGCUCAUCACAAAACCAUCGAAUAUUCAGUUUUCGCAAGACUCAAUUGCAAAAUCGUUUCAAAAUGGAACUGAAUUACAUGAAACUUGUCAACUAAUAUCAACUGGAUCUGUCAGUGUGGAUGAGAUCCGUCCAAUAAGGGUGAUUAUAAAGGAUAACAAGGCGAUAAGUGUUGACAAUCGUCGGUUGUACGUUUUUCGUGUGUUGGAAAAAGCUGGACAUCUUCACAGCAUCAAAGUUCAAGUUACAAACCAGUACGAUGAAAAUCGUUUUACUUCGACCAACAAUGGCUGCCAUGUACGACUACGAAGUGGUGGACGUCGACAGAGAGCUCCACCAGCAUACAGACAUUGUGAAUGUUAUGCGGGUAAAUUACUAUCAGUGUUUCCAAUUGCUUGGCAAUAUGAAGCCCGUGCCCCAGCAACCACUACGACAAAAAAAAUCAUUAACAACACCGCAGGCAGAUAACAAGCCAAACAAAACUGAACAAUCUUCAAAUUCGGGAUUCCAGUACUAUUCUACCGAUGACAAUGACUUUUCUUCCACCGAUUCUGACAGCUCUAUUAUUCCUAGCGAUGAACCUAAGCCAAGUAUCGAACCAACCAAUAAUAGCUUUUGGGUCACUGGAAUCGUAUUUACUGCAGUUGCUGGGAUUGCUGCUUUCCUAGGUUUAAAAAACUAACAGAAUCGGCUGAAAUCACAUUGAUCAAUGGUGUUGCUGUUUAAAACAGGACCAGAGUUCGUAUGUAAACAAAUAAUUCACACAUCCUGAGGCCCACUCUUAUUAUACGUUUCUUCAAUUCAAGCAUUGUUUGGGAGCUGUGCUUUGUUUUUGUUAAAUAAGGUAUAUAGGAUUUUUCAAUUUGCCAACAGAGAAAUAGAGGACCCUUAAGUACA